AUGCCGACCGUCGACCCGUCCGUCCCCACGGACCCGCGCCACCCGAUCAACCUUGAACCUGAGAAUACGCCUGCGUCGGAAGUGCGGAGAGAACCAAUGAGACCUGUGGUAAGCGUCGGUUUGGGGGCUGCCGCCUACCAGAUCCUAGUUCAACCGCAAGCAAAGAAGGUCGAGAAACGACUAGCACCCCUGUCCUCCACAUUCCGCCCCUCCAACAAGCCGGGGCCUAGCUCAAACGAAGGUUACGGUCCGCGGACAGAUAACAUCGCCGCAAUGAAUCCUUCUGUAGAGAAGUUGCUCGUCACGCUCGUCGACGGGCGCGCCGAAGUCAUUCGCUUCCGCCAGGACAACCUCAUCAGCCUCCACAACGAGCUGCGCAAAGAAUCCGCGGCUCUGACUGCCGCUCAGGAGAAGGACACCGGCGCAUCAAAGACAGAGAUCGAGGCAGAGCACUUCCUCGCGCUAGAAGCUGUGCGACACUUUUACGAGUCUCUCAACUUCUCGAGGGAGAUCGAGGCCGAGUAUCUGGUCGCUCAUGGCAAGGACAACACGAGCAGAAGGACCGGUGCGGGGCUGGUGAUCAUUCGGCCGACUACUUACACCAGGCUCUUCUCUAUUCUAAGUCCACUUGCUGCGGCCCUAGCCGCCGGCUCUGUUGUUGUUCUUGAGCUCGAAGAUACGUUGUCGCAGCUAGAUUCCGUCCUCCGCAACGUCCUCACGCGCGCCCUCAAUCAGAAUGCCUUCUGCAUCACCAGGAAGAUCACAGACGAAACAUUGUUGUCACAGGCAAUCCUAGUAGACCAAAUCAACACAGCGACUUCGAACGCUAGUCGCGUAAACCAUCUCAUUUCUGCCAAUGGCGCUCGAGCCGUGGCUAUAGUCGACCGAACAGCUGAUGUAGAGGCUGCUGCGAAGGCUAUCACGGCGGCGCGCUUCAGCUUCGGCGGCCAGUCACCUUAUGCGCCGGAUUUAGUCCUCGUCAAUGAGUUCGUGAAGAAGGAGUUUUUUGAGGCGUGCUCCAAGUACGCCUCGCUCGCGUUUGCUCGCGAGACCACAGUAAAGCGUGCGAGUGACAGCGCCAGCGACGAAACGAGGAAGGCAGUGCAGGAGGCCGAGGACAAGAGGCUUGCCUCGAGCUUUGGGUCCAAGGACUUUAAGCUGGUUGACAUACAAGACAAGAAUGCCUCCCUCUUGAACAUCAAGAUUAGUGGGCGCUUUCUGCCUAUCACGACCUCUUCUGGUCUUGUAGACUCCAUCUACACUCACGAAUUCGAAAACCCUCUCUUAGCCGCCUACCUCUUCGCCAGCCCUGAUGCAGCAAAAUACCUCUCCCAAUUUCUCCCCGCCCAUGUCUCCGUCAUCAACCAGAUCCCCUCAAACCUCCUCCUCGGCCCGGCAGCACCGCUCUCCCAUGAAGCAGCUUUUGAAUUCCGCUACAGUAGAGAAAUGUUCUCCGUAGCCCGGCCGCAGUUCGUCGAGAAGCCCGCCGGCGCGCUUGCGAAACUCGAGCAGCUCCUCACCAGCUCCGGCGCCAUCACCGCCCAGAAUCUGCAUGCCUUAGCCAUUGCACCGCUGCGCCCGACAAACCAGCCGGGAAAUAGCAGACUAGGUUUUUUCGAGCAAGGCUUCGUGCUGGGUGCCGGUCUAAUCAUGAGCGUUGUGCUUCCGAGUCUUGCAUACGGCACAUGGAUUGGCGGAAGGCGGGUAUUUGAUUAUGCGCUGAAGCUCAGGGGUUAA